UCUUAACUCCAACCCCUCAGGCCCUAAACACACCAAAAAAGAAAGCCAUUCUAUCAGAUAAUGGAAAAGAUCAGAAGAGAAGUUUUUCAGCAGCUUUUGUAUCUGCUUUUUCCUGUUCUCAUAGGCAUCAUGAUUGGAGAUCCAUUCGAGUUAAGCCCCGUGGGAGGCCAGAAGUUUAGGCCGGUCAAGAACGACAUAGCGCCGUACAAGGAAGUGAUGGAGAGCUGGCAUGGGGAUAACAAGAGCAGGUUGGGGCUGGGGAAUUUGGAGUUUGUAGAUGAGGUUUUUGGACCUGAAUCCCUCGAGUUCGACACCUUGGGGCGCGGGCCUUAUGGUGGACUAGCCGAUGGUCGAAUCGUUAGGUGGAUGGGUGACAAUGCAGGCUGGGAAACAUUUGCUUUAGUCACACCUAACUGGUCUGAGAAGAUUUGUGGGUUAGGAGUGGACUCAACAACACCAAAGCAAUGGAAAUUUGAGUCACAAUGUGGGCGACCCCUCGGGCUGAGAUUUGACAAGAAAACAGGAGAUUUGUACAUUGCAGAUGCAUACUAUGGGCUCCUGGUGGUUGGGCCUGAUGGAGGCAUUGCAACUCCUUUGGCCACACACGUCGAAGGGAAGCCUAUACUCUUCGCGAAUGACCUCGACAUUCAUAAAAACGGUUCCAUUUUCUUCACUGACACUAGCCAGAAAUACAACAGAGUAAACCAUUUCUUGAUAAUGCUGGAAGGAGAAGCCACUGGUAGGCUACUCAGAUAUGAUCCUCCCACUGGAAAAACCCAUGUUGUUUUGGACAGCUUGGCUUUCCCAAAUGGAGUUCAAUUCUCUGAGGACCACUCUUUUCUCCUCUUCACAGAAACAACCAAUUGCAGGCUAAUGAAGUACUGGCUAGAGGGGCCGAAAAGCGGGAGGACAGAAGUGAUUGCAAAUCUGCCAGGAUUUCCAGACAACGUUAGAGCGAACGAAAAAGGGCAAUAUUGGGUGGCAAUAGACUGCUGCAGAACUAGAAUCCAGGAGGUUUUGAUCAACCAUCCAUGGACCAGAAGUGUGUACUUCAGGCUGCCAAUUCCUAUGCAGUAUCUGGCAAAAUUUGCAGGGAUGAAAAUGUACACUGUCAUCUCACUCUUCAAUGAAAAUGGGGAAGUUCUUGAUGUUCUUGAGGACAAACAUGGAGCUGUGAUGAAGCUGGUGAGUGAAGUCAGAGAGGUGGAUGGGAAGCUUUGGAUUGGGACUGUGGCUCAUAACCACAUUGCCACCCUCCCUUAUCCUUCUAUUGUUUAA